AUGACCUACACGAUUCAGGGCUGCUACCACCAAUCAGCAACACAAUGCCAUCCACCGCUCUGUCCUAACUACCGACUAGAAACUUACACCGAUGACUAUCGACUACCGUGCUUCGAAUGCAGAACCGCUCAAGCCGCUCGAGCCGCUCAAGAAGCUCAAGACGCUCAAGCCGCUCAAGAAGCUCAAGACGCUUACGCCGCUUACGUCGCUUGGUACACUGCUACUUAUGGUCAACCAUAA